AUGAAUUGGCAGCCGCUGUGGCUGGGCUUCCUACUUCCCAUCACAGUCACAGGCCGGGCCCUGGGGCCUGCAGAAAAGGAGGGAGCAGAUUACCUUUUGCAAUAUGGGUACCUACGGAAGCCUCUAGAAGGACCUGAUGACUUCAGUCUAGAAGACAUCAUGAAGGCUCUGAGAGCUUUUCAGGAAGCAUCUGAGCUUCCUGUCUCAGGUCAGCUGGACGAUGCCACGAGAGCCCGCAUGAGGCAGCCCCGUUGUGGUCUGGAGGACCCCUUCAAUCAGAAGACCCUUAAAUACCGGCUGCUGGGCCGCUGGAGAAAGAAGCACCUGACCUUCCGUAUCUUGAACCUGCCUUCCACCCUCCCACUCCACACAGCCCGGGAAGCCCUGCGUAAAGCCUUUCAGUACUGGAGCAGUGUGGCCCCCCUGACCUUCCGGGAGGUAAAAGCUGGCUGGGCUGACAUCCGCCUCUCCUUCCAUGGCCGUCAAAGCCUGUAUUGCUCCAGUACCUUUGAUGGGCCUGGGAAGGUCCUGGCCCAUGCUGACAUCCCAGAGCUGGGCAGUGUGCACUUUGAUGAAGAUGAGCUCUGGACUGAGAGGACCUACCAGGGGGUGAACCUUCGCAUCAUCGCAGCCCAUGAACUGGGCCAUGCCCUGGGGCUUGGGCACUCCCGACAUACCCAAGCCCUCAUGGCCCCUAUCUACUCUGGAUACCGGCCCCACUUCAAGCUGCACCCAGAUGAUGUGGCGGGGAUCCAGGCUCUCUAUGGCAAGAAGAGCCCUGAUAUAGGGGAUGAGGAAGAGGAGACAGAGCUCUCCACUGUACCACAAGUGCCCACAGAGCCCAGUCCCAUGCCGGACCCCUGCAGUGGUGAACUGGAUGCCAUGAUGCUGGGGCCCCGCGGGAAGACCUAUGCCUUCAAGGGGAGCUACGUGUGGACCGUGACAGAUUCAGGGCUGGGUCCUUUGUUCCAAGUGUCUGCUCUUUGGGAGGGGCUCCCAGGAAACCUGGAUGCUGCUGUCUACUCUCCUCGAACACAAUGGAUUUACUUCUUUAAGGGAGACAAGAUGUGGCGUUACAUUAACUUCAAGAUGUCUCCUGGCUUCCCCAAGAAGCUGAAUAGAGUAGAACCCAACCUGGAUGCAGCUCUCUAUUGGCCAGUCAACCAAAAGGUGUUCCUCUUUAAGGGCUCCAAGUACUGGCAGUGGGACGAGCUGGCACGCACGGACUUCAGCCGCUACCCCAAACCAAUCAAGGGGUUGUUUACAGGAGCGCCAAACCAGCCCUCAGCUGCUAUGAGUAGGCAGGAUGGCCGUGUCUACUUCUUCAAGGACAAACAGUACUGGCACCUCAACAGGCAGCUUCGAGUGGAGAAGGGCUAUCCCAGAGAUACUGCCCACAACUGGAUGCACUGUCACCCCCAGAUCCCAGACACUACCCCAUCAGGUGGAGACCUCCCCCUCAGCCACAGGCCCUGACCACUCAGUCACAGGAACAACCUUGGAUACCACUUCCUCAUCCACAGAUACCACCUUGAACACUGACCACUUGCCCAGAGACACAA